AUGGCUCGCUUUUCUAUGAUCGGCUUCAUUUCGAUAAACUUUUUCACUAAACACUGUUCAUCAAAUUUGUUUCUCACGUUCUCACGUACUCUUCAAGCUUUCUUUGGGGGAAUAUUUCUAUUCUUUCCCCUUUUUUCUUCCCUCAAUCAAUCAUUAGUUAUUCUUAAUCUUUCUUUCUUUCUUUCUUUCUUUCUUAAUAUUUCUUUAUUAUUUCCUCGCCCUGCUUUUCUCUCUCAACAACAUCUCUUUAAUUGUUUUUCUUUCUUUCUUUCUCCUCGUUCUCUUUUUCCUUUAUUUUACUUUUUUCCUUCUCUAUGUCUUUUAUUUAUUCAUUUAUUCAUUGUUCUUUUAUCUUCAUGCUUUCAUUCAUUCUUCUUAAUUCAUACCUUUCUUUCUUUUUUUCUUUCUUUCUUUCUUAAUAUUUCUCUAUUUUUUAAUCGUUCUGCUUUUCUCUCUCAACCACAUCUUUUCUUUCUUUCUUUCUUCUCUAUGUUUUACUUGUCCUGCUGUUCUCUCUCAAUAACAUCUCUUUCUUUCUUUCUUUCUUUCUUUCUUUCUUUCUUUCUUUCUUUCUAUCUAUCUAUCUUAAUACUUCUCCAUUUUUUACUUGCCUUGCUUUUCUUUCUCAGCAACAUCUCUUCUUUCUUUCUUUCUUUCUUUCUUUCUUUCUUUCUUCCUUAA